UUCAGGGGAAAAAAGUGCCCCUCCUCAACAAAACUCAAAUCAAGAUUCCAUUGUCUUUGCAAAUGAAUCCCCUAUCAAAAACGCCCAAUCUGCUGCUGAGGUGUGCAAGGACAAUCCAGGAAAAGAGAGAAGUGAGUUUGUAGCAGCAGAGGCCCACAGUCAGAUGUCAGUGGGACUUGAGAUUAUGCCUGCACCAGUGGAACCUACUCCAACAGCUAUUAUGACCUGGGGGGAGAGGAUGGAAUUUCCUAUGGAAGUUGAACAACAAGGAGUGAGUGUUAUCCCAAAUAUAGAGAUACAAAUGAAAGAAAAUGUGAAGGGGCUGGUUGAGGCAAAAACAGUGUCUACUUGGAGGAGGAAACAGAAGAGUGUAGGCAGAUUGGUGAGAGUGGUUUCUGAUAAUGGAGAAAUGAAAGCUUCUUCAGGGCUGAACAAUGAAGAUGGAGCAGCUACAUCUAUGAAGAGAAGUAGAGAGGUUGUGUUAUACAAAGGAGAAUCUCAGGGGUCAGAGGAGAGUGCAGAAAAGAAGGUAAAAGUUGAUGGUGCUGAUGAUAAGGUGGAGAAGGCCAGCCUCAAAUGGCCCCAAGAUUCUAUUCUUGUUCAACCGAUUGAGGAGAAGGAGAUUAAAGCGGCUCUCUUUUUGAUGGAGUCUGAUAAGGCACCUGGGGAGGAUGGUAUGACUGUCUUUUUCUUCAAACACUUUUGGAAUAUUAUAAAAGAUGAUAUUUGUGCUGCAGUCAAAAGUUUUUUCUUAUCUGGUAAUAUGCUGAAGAACUGGAAGCAUACUGUAAUUACUUUAAUUCCAAAGUGUCUUUACCCGGAUUCUCUGAGCAACUUCAGACCUAUUUCUCUGUGUGGUGUAUUAUACAAAGUAGUGGCUAAAAUUAUUGCUGAAAGACUGAAGCUGUGUUUAAAUUCCUGCAUUAGCAGUGCUCAGACUGCUUUUGUACCUGGUAGAAGUCUUUUAGACAAUGUUGUUAUUGCUCAGGAAGUGCUCCACUAUUUGCACAGACACAGAUCAAGACCUCAUGCUUUUAUGGCUGUUAAACUUGACAUGGAGAAAGCUUAUGAUAGGGUAGAAUGGAGCUGCAUCAAGGUUAUCAUGAGGAAAAUGGGUUUUUAUGGGAAGUUUGUAAAUUGGAUUCUUA